CUCCCCCCCGUCUGCCUCGGCCCCUCCCCCGGUCGCCGUGGUCGCCUUGCGCCUGGCGGGCGGCGGGCGGGCGGGCCGUCCCUCUCGGCCCGUAGCCCACCCCCCUCUUAAAGCCGCGGCGGGAAGAUGAGGUUUCGGGAGCCGCUCCUGGGCGGCAGCGCGGCGAUGCCCGGCGCGACGCUGCAGCGGGCCUGCCGCCUGCUCGUGGCCGUCUGCGCGCUGCACCUCGGCGUCACCCUCGUCUACUACCUGGCCGGCCGCGAUCUGAGCCGCCUGCCCCAGCUGGUCGGGGUCUCCACGUCGCUGCCGGGCGGCUCGAACGGCGCUCCCGUCGGCGCGCAGCCCUCCGGGGAGCCGGGCUCCCGGGGGCCCCGGCCGCCGCCGCCGCUGGGCGUCUCCUUAGAGCCUCGGUCGAGCCGCGACUCCAGCCCCGGUGCGGAAUCAGGCCCCCGCCCCGGGAGCAACUUGACUUCGGGGUCCCCCACCGCUGUGCGAUCGCUGCCUGCUUGCCCGGAGGAGUCUCCGCUGCUCAUUGGCCCCAUGCUGAUUCAGUUUAAUUUUCCUGUGGAUCUGGAUCUUUUGGCAAAACAGAACCCCGAAGUGAAGAUGGGUGGCCGUCACAGCCCUGAAGACUGCAUCUCUCCUCAUAAGGUGGCUAUCAUUAUUCCAUUCCGCAAUCGGCAGGAGCACCUCAAGUAUUGGCUCUAUUACUUGCACCCAAUUCUACAGCGCCAGCAGUUGGACUAUGGCAUCUAUGUUAUCAACCAGGCUGGAGAAACCAUGUUCAAUCGUGCUAAGCUCCUCAAUAUUGGCUUUAAAGAGGCCUUGAAGGACUAUGACUACAACUGCUUUGUGUUUAGUGAUGUGGACCUCAUUCCUAUGGAUGAUCAUAACACUUACAGAUGUUUUUCACAGCCACGGCACAUUUCUGUAGCGAUGGACAAAUUUGGAUUUAGCCUACCUUAUGUUCAGUAUUUUGGCGGUGUCUCUGCUCUCAGCAAACAACAGUUUCUUACCAUCAAUGGAUUUCCUAAUAAUUAUUGGGGCUGGGGAGGAGAAGACGAUGACAUUUUUAACAGAUUAGUUUUUAAAGGUAUGUCUAUAUCGCGCCCAAAUGCUCUCGUUGGGAAGUGUCGUAUGAUCCGCCACUCAAGGGACAAGAAAAAUGAACCCAAUCCUCAGAGGUUUGAUCGAAUUGCACACACAAAAGAAACCAUGCGCACUGAUGGUUUGAACUCACUCACCUACAAGGUGUUGGACAUACAAAGAUACCCAUUGUAUACCCAAAUCACAGUGGACAUCGGAACACCGAGCUAGCACUUGGAUACACAGAAGAGACCUGAAAAUGACCAGGAACCUCUGUAGUGUGUCUCUGCCAGUCUGCUGGGCUGGUCCCUCUCAUUUGUACAAUCUGAGUGAUAGGUCCCCUCACUCAUCAGCAGAUGCUUUUCCAGAUGACCAGGAUGAGUGGAAUUUUUUGCCCCCCACUUGGCUCGACACAUGAAUAAGUUCUACAAUGGUGCAAAAGCUGUCCACCUUUGGAGGCUUCUUGGCAUGUCACUGUAUCACCCAAGGAGUCAGUACUUUACACGCCUCAAAAUUUGGUGACUUGUGGGACUCAUUCUCACUGUUAAAUUGCUAAAUUGUGAAAUGGGUAAGAACCUGGCUUUUAAUUAUAUUGUUUUUCGCUUCGUGAAAAAUUGGAUACUACUGCUGAAUUUAGAUUGGUAUGCUGUUUUUGGUUGCCUUAUUUUAAACAG